AUGGCACUUUCAUCGUGCUUCGGCCUGCGCAAGACCGAUGAUGAUCAGCGCCCGUUGCUACCCCAGUAUCGCGAUGAUACUGUAUUGCAGCGAGAGGUGCAUCAGAAACUGCACUCGUAUCAGAUGAUGAGAGCGCUGUCCAUGGGUUUCAUGCCAUCCAACGAGCAAGUCGUCAUCAACCUGCGAAGCUUGCUAUCUGCAGACGUUCUCAAUCCGGAAAACCCCGACCUGAGCGACUCCGGUCGACUCCUCGUCAAGUUCACAAAGCAAUGGCUGCACCAGUUCAUUGAUACCCUGAACCACAAGAACAGCAAAGAUCAGAUCCAGGACUUCCUCUGGUACCUUUCCAAGUCUAGGGUAUCUGUGGAUGUUGGUGAUAUUGCACGCAAGACAACCAGGUCCAAAGCCAAGGCAGAUGCUACCGCAGCAUACCACAGCCUGCAGACCGUUAGCUCCUUGCUCUUGACCAACUCCGACUUCCGCAUCUUUCUCUCUGAUCUAAACACCGUUGGCCGCGAAGUAUUCAGGGACACUGCUUUCACCCUGUCAAACGUGGCAGAGAAGGCUGGCAAGACCAUCGAGCCAUCCCAGGCAGAGCAAAAGGCACUCAAGGAGCCGGGCGCCGAUGAGGCUCACGCACACUCAGCUGAAGAACUCAACGGCGAGGCGGCGGAAAUUGCAAAGGUAGUUGGCAAUGGAGCAGCCGAGGUCGCUAAGACAGCCGACGUAAGCUUGACUCAGAGGCUCCACGGCGAUGAGGGCAACUCGCUGUUGUUCCGCUUGAAGAAGACGGUCACAAACCUGAGGCACAAGAGGGACUACAACGAUUCGGUUUCAGUCUUGGCAAUGCUAUUGAAGCGCUACGCCAUGGCAUACUCUCGAACCGUCGAAGAUGCCAUGGGCACCCUGCAAACUGAUGUCGAGCCCAAUCGUGAGAUGGAAAAGGCAGUCAAGAACUUUUGGACUUUUCUGAGCUCCUUUGGCGACAAAGAGGAAUGGAACAAGCUCGAAUCCACAUUCCACAAGGUUUUGGAUCACUCACGCAAAGAUCCUGAAUUCGAGGACUUGCUGGUCGACAUUGGAAACUCGCUGCAAAGGCUUCUCACCGAUCCCGACUUUUUCGACCAUGUCGACGAAAAGUUCCAAGACCUGCGACAAAAGGCCAGGGGUGUUGGAACAGAAUCAUCCCUCCGUGAAGAUGUCGACGCGUUUUUUGUACAGGCCCAAAGGACGUUCAUGGCUGUCACCCAGGACCAGGACAUUGCGAAGAUGAUCACCACGACAACGAAAAUCUGGAACAUCCUGUCACCGCUCCACACCAACACCAACAGCGAGCUCGUUCAGGAUGCGAUCAAUGUCUUCGUUCCUCUUGCGAUACAGGCCGUCCAGUAUGUCCCCAUUCCUCGACUGGAGAUAUCUACGCCUGAAAUCGACAUGCUCCUCGAGAACCUCAUCAUCGAGCCUGGUAAGACGGUGAACCAUACUUCGUUCCUCCCGUUCCGUUUCCGGGUAGAAACGUACAAUGACUUUGAACUCCGCAAGGCCCGCUUCCGCGUCGCAUCCAAGGCCACCUCCAAGUUUACCAUCAAGAUUGAUGGCCUUUCCUUCCGUGCAGAUGAGGUUGGGUUCCUUCUCCGCGCACACUCUGGUCUUCUCCGCCUCGCUGAUGAGGGCAUUGCUUCGUUCCAACUCGACGAGCGUGGCAUCGAUGUUCAUUUGGACGUGGAAGUGGGCAAGGAGAAGCUGGAACAGUUCCUUACCCUUAAGGCUGUCCGUGUCCACAUCCACAAGCUGUCCUAUACGCUGCGCAAGUCAAAGUUCAGUCUCUUUGGCUGGCUGUUCAAGCCUCUGUUGCGCCCUAUUGUUCGCAAGGUCAUGGAAAAGCAGAUGGCCCAAGGUAUCGCCGAUGGUAUUCAUGCCGCCAACCGCGAGCUCGUCUUUGCGCGCGAGAGGCUUCGAGCAACGAGAAUCUCGGAUCCAGAGGACCUCAAGACAUUCAUCAAGGCUGUCAUCACCCGUCUUACGCCUGCCGACGACCCAGACCUUUACACGAGGGUCGGCGUCGCCGCACCCGGAAAGGGUGUCUUUGCCGGCAAAUAUGCCCCAGGCAGCGUGGUCAAGCUAUGGGAGGAAGAGGGUCGUCGUGCAACUGAACGCAUUGACGACUGGGAUGAAGGUGGCUGGAGGAACGACGUCUUCGAUCUCCAUGCCAUGGCUCUUGGUUGA